AGCGACGGUAACACUGUUAAAAACAAAAAAUAUACACAACUUAUACAAUCCGACACAAUCGCGCAGCAAAGGAGCUGUGUCUAGAGCAGCGGAGGACGCGCAGGUGACCCACAAGUCAUGGCCAUGCUCACGCGAUUGACCAGCAGCGGCACCACCACGGUGGCCGGAGCACCCGGAUCACCCAAGGGUCUGCAGCGUUUCCAAAACUACAUCUCGGCCUUCUUGUGGCCCGGAACGCAGCGGCAACGGAGGAAGUCCACACAGCUCGACCCCAUGGACUGCUUCACCAACGACCUGGUGACCAGGAAGACCCAGAAGUGGGAGGAGCUGCGCGACAGCCUGAUUAAGAGGCCAUCGUCCGGAACCCUGGAGGCGGAUGCUAAUUGCAAUGUGGGAACGCAGGGAAAGGCUGGUAGUACGUCCACCAGCUUUAGCCAGAACGUGGGUCUCAUGUCCAAGGGCAUGAUGAGUGAUCUCAAGGCGCUGCGCUCCCCACAACUGGGACUGGAUAUCAGAUCCCUGUCGCAGGCUCAGCUGGACAACCUGCUGAUGGCCACGUUGGAGAUCAAGAACAAGCUGGACUUUCUCUAUCUGAUCCGCCAGUGCAUCCGCUGCAACCUGUUGCCGUCCAACGAGGUGUUCGUUUCCUGCUUGAAGUAUCUGAGUGCGCAGCGCAAGCUUCAGCAGUUGGAAGCACUGGCGGAGACCUGUCGGCAGCUGGAGCACCCCUUCUCAAAGACUUACGCGGAUCUGGCUCCCUUCCGGGCCAUCGCCCUGUGGAACAAUGGUAACGCCGACGUGGCCCUGAUGACUCUUCACCGCGGCUACGGGGUAAGCAUGACUUCGGAGGAGGGCAGGCGGAUGGCGCGCACCGCCUUCCGUACCAUUUCCGAGGAGACUUUGGCCCAGAAGAGUGAGGCGGUGCUAGUUUCGCUUCUGGAGGUAGCGCGUGCCAUUCACCGUGAACACAAGGACAUCUUUGUGGUGGCCUGUGUGUGGAAGCAAUGCUUCGCUAGCGAUUGGUUUUGCGAUCAAAAGUCGGCGGCAGAACUGUUUGAGCACUACAAGGAGUUGCAAGAGCUGGUGGAGAGGAGAGCCACUUCUUUGUGCUCAUCAUUCCUGGCUCGCAACAAUGUUGAUGCCGUGCAUCGACUGAUCGAGGCGUUUUUGCACCACCAGCAUCGAUCGGCUUGCUCCAGCUGCCUCAGCCUGCUCUUUAACUAUCAAUAUAUGCGGAAGGAUCUGCGAGCCUGCGCUGAGAUUGUCAAAUCCUGCAGUGAACUAGAGAUGCCGCUAAAUGAGCUGCAGAACGAACAGUUCCUCAGUCUGUUCCUCGACCAGAGCGAUCCUGUGGAGUCUUCGGGAAUGGCCAGCAAGUACAAGGCUCCCAAGUCUUUCCAGUACAAGUUCUAGUCCCCAGUUUCGAACGUUAAGCCGUUGUCAUCGUAGUUAUAGCACAAGUGUUUGCACCAUUGAGCAAUACUGCAAGCAUCCCCAUUUAGGCCCCCACAAGGAAUGUAGCGUCUCUUCAAUAAAUGUUAUUUAAUAUCCA